GACUGAAAACCAAAGAAGGAGUGAUUCUCCAUGACCAGCAGGAUCCCAAAGACGGCCAGCCACCAGCCUGGACUGCCAGCUCUGAACACACAGCUCCGUAUCACCCAGCCCGUGAGAAUUUGAGCUGGAGGGCCAGUAUCCCCCGGUAAGUGGAAAUCCUGCCACUUCAAGACAUGGAAUCAUCUGUCUCAUUUGGAGUGAUCCUUGCUGUCCUGGCCUCCCUCAUUAUUGCUGCUAACGCCCUCGUGGCCAUGGCGGUACUGUCGUUGAUCCUCAAGAAUGAUAGCGUCAGUCUCUGUUUCACCUUGAAUCUGGCUGUGGCUGAUGCCUUGCUUGGCCUGGCCAUCUCUGGCCUAGUCACAGACCAGCUCUCCACACCGGCUCGGCCCACAGAGAAGACACUGUGCAGCCUUCGGAUGGCAUUUGUCACUUCUUCUGCAGCCGCCUCUGUCCUCACGGUCAUGCUGAUUGCCUUUGACAGGUACCUUGCCAUCAAGCAGCCCCUCCGCUAUUUCCAAAUCAUGAAUGGGUUCAUGGUUGGGGCCUGCCUUGCUGGGCUGUGGUUGGUGUCUAACCUCAUUGGCUUCCUUCCCCUCGGGAUCCACGGAUUCCAGCAGACCACCUACAAGGGGUCCUGCAGCUUCUUCGCUGUGUUUCACCCGCGCUUCGUGCUGACCCUCUCCUGCGUCGGCUUCUUUCCAGCCCUACUGCUCUUUGUCUUUUUCUACUGUGACAUACUCAAGAUUGCCUCCACGCACAGCCAGCAGAUCCGCAACACGGAGCAUGCGGGAGCCCUAGUCAGGGCUCACCGGCCCCCACGGACCCCCAAUGACUUCAAAGCUGUGCGCACGGUGGCCAUUCUCAUUGGCAGCUUCACUCUGUCCUGGUCCCCAUUCCUUAUUACGAGCAUUGUGCAGGUGGCCUGCCAGGAGUGCCACCUCUACCUGGUGCUGGAACAGUACCUGUGGCUGCUCGGUGUGGGCAACUCCCUGCUCAACCCACUCAUCUAUGCCUAUUGGCAGAAGGAGGUGCGGCAACAGUUCUCCCAGAUGGCCCUGGCUAUGAAGAACGGGCUCACCACAUGCCUUCUUCUUCUCUCGCCCAGGGAUGGCGGUCCAGAGGGGCGCAGGGAAAGUGUGCGUUACAUCACCACCAUGUCUCACUCAGAGCUUGAAGGCUGAGAUGGUAAAGGUAGACCAGUUUCAAAGUGCCUCUCCCUCGCUUCGCAGAGCCCCAGCUAGAUCAGAUGGAGCUAUAGGAGAAAAAGAACACUUGCUUCUGGCAACUGACCCCCCCCCGUACCCCUGCACCCUCUCACCCUUUAUAAUCAGCUUCCCCAUUUGCAAAUCUCCAUUCCUCCCUGCCCUUCUUUUGCAAUGAGUCUGUUUCUCCUAUACAGCUAUACUUACUUAAAGCAACGUGUACUACUGGAAAGAUGCUUAAACUCAAAUCUUAUUUUUGAAUGCACUAAAACAGCAUUGUCUAAUAGAAAUCUAUUGCAAGCCACCUAUGUAAUUUUAAA